AUGGGCAGCAAUGUGGACGCAAAGCUGCUUAGGCAGACAAAGUUCCCACCGGAGUUCAGCAAAAAGGUGGACAUGACCAAAGUGAACAUUGAGGUCAUGAAAAAGUGGAUCGCCGGGAAACUCUCAGAAGUUCUUGGAGACGAAGAUGAUGUUAUCAUCGAGCUAUGUUUUAAUCUCCUUGAAUCCUCGCGAUUUCCCGAUAUUAAAUCCCUUCAGAUUCAGCUCACGGGUUUCUUGGACAAGGAUACGCCUAAAUUCUGCCAAGAACUCUGGAACCUCUGCCUAAGCGCCCAAUCUAGCCCUCAAGGCGUCCCCAGGGAGUUACUAGAAGCGAAGAAACUGGAGUUGAGACAAGAGAAGCUGGACGCCGAGAAAGCUGCCCAGGAAGCACGUGAACGCAAAGAAAAAGAACUAGAACGAGAACGAGAAAUCGAGAGCAUUCGGCAAAGGGAGAGGGCCGACCGAGACAGGGGCUUCCGAGGUGGUAGAGGUGGUCGGGACUAUGCACGCAGGAGCUCCCGGUCGCCGCGUCGUCGGAGUCCAGAUCGUCGUGGUCCUCCUCCACGUCGCGAGUUUGAUUCAUAUGUACCACGAGGCGGCGGACGUGGCCGUCGAUACUCUAGAUCACAUCACCUCCCCGCCGUUCAUACCGCUCGGAUAGACGUGAUCGAAGACGUCCGCGAUCCUUUAGCAGGUCUCCAUCCCCAGGUGGAAGGGGGUACAGAAGAAACAGGCGACAAAGCCCGUCUUACGGUGAUGCUCGAGAUAGAUCUGCUGCCCGCAGUGAUUCGUCACGCUCACCUAGUCCCAGAAGAAUUCGACGACGAAACACAUCUUCCCGUAGCCGAUCUCGUUCACCGCCGCCACGAACCCAAAAGCGAAGACAUCGCUCUCCAUCUAGAUCAACGUCUCGGCGGCCCCGAAGAGAUGACCGUGCGAAACGAUCAAUAUCUAUUGACUCGCGAGACCGUGCAAGAAAGGAUUCAAAGGCUGAUAUUGCUAUCAAAAGCCAGUAUUCCAAAGAUGACCGCCGCUUGA